AUGACCUCUAGGUCUCCCCGAAUUUCAGGCUCUACAGCUGCAUCUCCAGGUGCCUCUUCUGGAAAGCGGCCCCUUUCCAUACACAAUCAAGAUGCGGACGAUGAGAACCGUCGGAAAGACCCUAAGGUCAGUCGGGCCUGUGACAGCUGCAAGAGGAAGAAAGUAAGAUGUGAUGGCACACUUCCAUGCGGAAAGUGUGCCAAGAGGAAUAUAGAUUGUGCCUAUGACGCCAAAUAUGGCCGAGGCCGACCUCCGACUCCACCCCUUUCGACUACGAUCGGUGACUAUCAAGAGAGGCCGAGGGUUGGUCAGCCACAUGAGCUCUCCAGCUGGCAACAAGAGACCCCUGUUGCUCAGGCUGUCCCUGCUUCACAAACAUAUUCCCGAGUCUCACCAGAUGUUGAGCUUGAGGGUCAAUAUUUUGACCCAACCUCAGGGUUGAACUUUCUUCAUCGAGCGUGGAAAAAGUUAUUGAUUCAAAAUGAACAUUCCACUUGCUACGAGUCAAAUGAUACUGAGCGAAAUCAAGUCCUCACAUCAGCUGGUGACCGACCUUUUUGUAUUGACGAUAAGGCAUCAGAAAGCUUCAUUCCAGAUGCGCCAACAGCGAGGAAGCUGGUGCAUUUCUAUUUCGAGACUUGUGUUGUGACAUACCGCUUGUUUCAUCGACAAACUGUGGAGGCAUGGUUAGAGAUCUUCUUGAGGGAUCGAGGACAGCAACAGACCCUCACCAGGCCCCUUAACAAUUCCAGAGCUGCGAUCCUUCUUACUAUCAUGGCCAUCGCGACCCUACGCAUGGAAAGGAUGAAUCACGAAAUAUCAGCAGAAGACGAGUCACUCACUUUGCAGCAGAGUGACUGUUUGUUUCGCGCUAGUACGAAAUUGACCGACGAUGAGAUGGGUUUCCCACGUCUGGAGUCAGCACAGGCACGGUUAAUUCAAGUCCUGUAUCUUCUCCAGACAUCUCGCAUUAACAAAGGCUGGUACACAUUUGGCACAGUUUUCCAUGUUACUCUUUCUCUAGGUAUGCACCGGAGACGGGACCAGAAGCGAGAUUUUCCUGUCACCAGCAGGCGAGAUGAUUACAUCACUUCAGAGUGCUACAAGCGCACCUUUUGGUCGGCGUAUAUCAUUGAUCGAUACCUGAGUGUUGUAUUUGGUCGACCUCGACUUUAUCAAGAUGAAGAUAUUGACCAGGACUUUCCGGAAAAUAUCAAUGAUGAGGACAUGACAGCCCAGGGACCUUCCAUUCCAGAUGACCAGGCUGACUGCUAUAUCGACGCUCUGAUAUUUCAUGCCAAAAUUGCACGAAUCAUUGGAAAGGUCUCGCGAGAAGUCUAUUCAGUGAGCGACCUGCCUAAUCAAGAUCGCUUGGUAGCUGCCCAUCGUUUGGGCCGCGAACUGCACGAAUGGCGUUCAAGCUUGCCGCCGCACUUGGGUACCGUGAAGCCAUCAACAUUGAUGCCCGCUUUCCGUCGUCAAGCUAUUGCUUUGCAGCUCGCGUAUUCUCAUGCUCUUAUCCAUACCAAUCGGCCCUUUAUUCUGAGCGAUGCAGCACCUGAGAAUAUCACCGAAUGCAUCUUUGCCACAAAGAACAGUUUAGAACUUAUCAACAGGAUGGCGGGAGAUAAAACACUUUUCCAUUCGUUCUGGUGGACUCAUUAUGUUAUCUUCUGUGCAUUGGCUGUUGUUUAUGUUUGGGAGAUUCAACGAGUCACGCGGACCAUGGACGGAGUCAACGAUGAGUCCAUGGGCAAGAUCUUUGACAUUGCAGAGAAAUGUCGGGGUCACCUCGAACGAGCGUCUACGGGAAUAUCACAAAACCGGCGAUAUAGCGUCAUACUCGAUGAACUUAGAUCCGAAGCACAAAGAUGUCGUGUUUUGAGGGGAAGCCUGCCGAAUCUACUCCUAGGGGGUCUACAUGCCGGCGAGUCCAAUUCCAACCCCGAUAACGGCUCUCCAUUGUUCCAAGAUGGGAACAUGUUAGAGUCUGACCCACAAGCUAUGCCUCAUGAAGGCAUCAUGACGAAUCUGCUAGAUAGCUUUCUGUUCAGUGACUGGCAGGCUCUUGAUUCAUCGGCUUUCCUCCCAUUGCCGGACCCAAAUUCCGUUUCUCCAACUUACUUUCAUCCUAUCCCGUGA